AUGGCUGAAACAAACCAAACUGCAAUUCCAGUUGUUGAACCUAAAGGUUCUGUUGAAACUGUGAAUGAAAAUGCUGUGAAUAAUCCAAUUGUCAUCCCAUCUGAAGAUGUUAUUGUUAUACCACCAAACCAAAAAAAAAAAAAAAUGCCAGUUGUUGAACCAUCAGAUACUGUUGAAACUGUGAAUGAAAAUGCAGUUAACAAUUCGGUGGUGAAUCCCUUUGAAGAUAUCAUUGCUGCACCACCAAAUGAUGUUGGUGCUACAAUAGAUGUUAUAAUCUAUUUGUAUGCAAAAGCAACCAUCCCGGGAAAAAUUGUGAAAGAUUCUGCAAAUUCUUUCAAAGAAGGUUGUGUUAGAAAAUUAUCAAGAUUUGACAGUUGUCUCAACAUUAGUGUGGGAUUCAGGUGUGCUAAGCAUGAAUACAAAAUUGUGUUCAUGUCAAACACAAAUGUUGAAGCUGCAUUUGAUUUUGACAUCCCAGAUCAUGUGUUUGAGUUCACACCAUUGGCAGAAGUUACAAACUUUGUGGCCAACUUUGAUUAUUGUUUUGGCCACAUCAUGACUUACAGUGAUCCAAUUGUUGAAAAUGGAAAGAAGAGGAUUUCAGUAGAGCUUGAAGAUGAAAGAAGUAGUGCCCAUGAAAUGAAAGCUGCAAGUGUCCAUAAAAUUUCAAUGCUGUUAUCUAUUUCUGGAUACACAUCUUAUGAAAAUUUCAUAAAUGGAGCAAAACUUUUGUCAUUGGGUGACAUAGAUGAUCUUGAUGAGGAGAUUGAUUCGGAGAUGUGUGCAGAGUUUUACCAAAAUUUGACAUCUACUGAGGAUAGCACCGCCAAGACUGCAGUAUCCUGCACUGGAGAUAUAGAGAUAGGGAAUUUGGGCAACGAUAUGACUGACAGUCCUCCUCCAAAAAACAAACAUGCAGGAAGUUGCGGUGAAGAGAGUAUCAAAUCCAAUCUCAACAAAUGUGUUAGAAAACUUUGA